ACUGCUGCUGACUGUCUUGUUGAUACAUCCAUGACUAUGUUAGCUACUGUUAGCAUAGUAGCCAUGCAGCUAGCCAGCUGGGGUUUGGGGGACUAAAGGAAAACAUGCGAACUUAUUUUAUCCAGCCUUCACUUGCACGUGUUUGGUAUCGAGGUCAUCCAAAAGUAACCGGAAGUAAACAAGUGACAUUACUUUGAUGUUGUGUUAAGUAAAAAGUCACUUCAGCCCGAGUUUGUUUGAGUCAAAACUGCAAAAUUAGGCGUAUAAAGUAGAAGAAAACAUGUAAACUACCUCAAAAUGAGACUGAAUUGUACUUAAUUCACGCCUCAGGUAAGUAUGUGAUUUUAUUUACUACCAGAGGGGAUUAACAACACAGCAGCUCCUCAUGAACUCAGCUUCCGGGUGUUUUUAGGGGGAGUGAGUCAGAAAUAGCUCUGACAUGUCGUCUGCUGUGACCCGGCCCGUCUCUCUCUCUCUCUCUCUCUCCACAUGGUUCUGUCAAUCACAGGCCCAAAACAAGAUGGCAGGCUGCAGGAGCUGGUUCUUCUUUUUCACAGUGUGUGCCGUCGGCUUGCUCGGGGCCAAUGCAGAGAUCAAAUUCACCAUUCCUGUGGGGAGGUUCUUCACAUACGAGCUGAUGAGAGAGACUUUCCAGAACGACUUUGAGCCUUUGUCGAAACUCUAUGCCGGACGUUUGUACGAUGACCCCAUGAUUUUUAAGUGCAACAGGCAGAACUUCCCGGACCUCCCAGAGUGGCUGCGCUUCACCCAGAGGCACCCGUUUGAUAACGGCUUCCUGUACGGCACGCCAAUGUCUCCCGGGAAAAGUAUAAUCGAGAUCUUCGCCGUCAACAAGCGGAGCUAUGAAACAACCAGACAGAUCCUCGUCAUCAAAGUCACCGCAGAGACGAUGCUGCCGUACCAAGCUGAGUUCUUCAUCAAGCUGAGGGAGAUUGAGAAGGUGCUGCCCUCUGUUGUCCAGGAUGAGAUAAAGCAGGACCUGCAGAAGCUGUGGGACACUGAGGAGCUGGAGGUCGUCAACAUCACCAACGCUCUGGACCGCGGAGGCCGGGUUCCCCUGCCGCUCGCUGGACACUUUGAAGGUGUGUAUGUGAAGGUCGGGUCCAAGCAGUACUUCUCAGACUGUCUCCUGAGGGUUCUGGCGCCGGAGCAUGAGAAGCAGUGCACAGCCGGGUCCAGAGUCAAAGUCCCCGGAGGAUGCAACUUCUGCACCAUCCCCAGCAACUGCAUCACCUGGUGCAAGACGGAGCUGUUUGACCUGACGCAGCAGGAGCCAGCUCCACCUCCUCCCACUGUGGGUUCGGGGAUCAUGGAGACCGGCGUGGAGUUCGACCCCCUGGAGUCGCCCCCGAGCAGAGACUUCUUCCCGGACUACUUGGUGACGGUGAUCGUGCCUCUGGUCCUCGCCAUCAUCCUGUGCGUCCUGCUGGCCUACGUGAUGUUCUGCAGACGAGAGGGAGUAGAGAAGAGGAACGCAAGAACAAACCAGAUCCAGCUGUACCACCACCACACCAUCCUCGGGAACACCGACGAGCUGAGGGACAUGGCGGGAAGCCGCGGCGUCCCUCCACCUCUGUCCACGCUGCCCAUGUUCAACAGCCGGACCGGGGAGCGGGCCGGGCCUCUGCAGUCCGACAGCCCCGUCCCCCUCAUCCGGGCCCAGCAUGAUCCCUACGUCGACACUCUGCCCAGGAAGUGAGAACAGCGAUGGAUUAAAGCGUCAUUUACAGUAUUUGCAGUGAGAAGUUAGGCUUUGUUUUUUUUGUUUGUUUUUCUUCUUUGAGAUAAAUUAAUAGUGUUCAUAAAGUUAUUUGCAGUUCAUGUAUAUCUGUAUUGCACCGUCCGGCACGACUAAUAAAAACAUGUCCAGUGCUGCGGUCUUUAUCGUCAUGUC